AGCUUUGUUCCUCAAAGCGAAAAGAAGCUCGAGGAGAGAAAUAUGAACGGCGGCAGUGGCGGCAGUGGCAGCGGUGGAGGAGGAAGUGGCGCGGGGAAGAUGCCGACCAACUUUCUGAAGUCGAUCCGAGGCCGGCCGGUCGUCGUGAAGCUCAACUCCGGAGUCGACUAUAGAGGUAUUCUAGCUUGUUUGGAUCCAUACAUGAACAUUGCAAUGGAGCAAACGGAAGAAUAUGUUAAUGGUCAGCUAAAGAACAAGUACGGCGAUGCUUUCAUCAGAGGAAAUAAUGUUCUGUACAUCAGCACCUCUAAAAGGACUCUUGCUGAUGGGGUAUGAUACUGGUGCUUGGCAAAGUCUGUCCUUGGCAUGAUUUCACAUGUUGUUGAUGAGAUUGUUGCACGUAAU